UUUGGAGGAUGCCAAAAUGGACACAAGCGACGUCGAUGACGUUGUUCUUGUUGGUGGGUCUUCUAGAAUCCCCAAGGUUCAAGAGCUAUUGCAGGAGGUUUUCAAGGGUAAGGAGUUGUGCAAGAGCAUUAAUCCCGAUGAGGCCGUGGCGUAUGGAGCCGCUGUUCAAGCUGCAGCCUUGAGUGGGAACGUAACUGGGAAGCUUCAAGACUUCACUCUCUUGGAUGUCACCCCUCUAUCACUUGGACUCGAGUGUAAGGAACGUGAUAGUUCCAGGUUAUACAUGAAUGUUGUGAUUCCAAGAAACUCAAGAAUUCCGGUGAGGAAGACAACAAGUGUAACUACUUCUUAUGACUACCAAGAGUCUGUUAGAUUCUCCAUUUAUGAGGGUGAAAGUAGCAUAGCCAAAAAUAAUAAUUUUUUAGGUGAAUUCACCCUCCAUGGAAUUCCUCCGGCUCCCAAGCAUGUUCCCGCGUUCAGUGUUUACUUUGAUUUGGAUGCAAAUGGAGUUUUGAGUGUCUCUGCUGAGGAUACGUCCACUGGCCAGAAGAAAGGGAUCAAAUUUAACCGUGACAGAACAAAGUAACUCUUAAGGGAAUAUUGAGGAUUAAGAUUACAUCUACUAUGAAGUAAUUAUUUUCUUUGAUUUCAUGUUUAAGUACAAUAUCUUUAAGGGAAGUCGAUGUGAACUUCUUUUGCUGGCUGCUUGUGCAUUUCGUGAUUUGCUGGGUUUUUUUUUCUUGUUCUUUUUUUUAUUCUUUGGGUUGGGGUGUGGGGGAGUGUGCUUAUAAAAGACUUGCCUGAUUUAUUUGUA